AAUCUUCCUCCCAUCCCUGGUGCCCCCAUAUCACCCCUUCUUGCUCUCAAAUCUCCCUCCUGUGUCCAGACAGUGAUCCCCUCUCCCUCUAAUCCUUGUGGUCCUGGCAUGGCUGUGGCCUCAGUCUCGUCUCCUAAGGUGAUGGGUGUGAUGGAUUGGCAUUAUUACUGGGACACGGAUACAGCAGCCUAUUCAAGCCUGUGUAGUUAGAGGGGCACAGGCUGAGAGUGGGCGGGUCCCACAACCCCCCGGGCCAUCCACCCUGGCCCAGACUGUCCAUCCGAGAGAGGCGUGAUCACCGAGGUGGGCUGAACUUCAGACAUGCACAGGCAAGUGCACAUUGUAUUGGCUCACCCCCCUGACCUCUGUCUGUGCCAAAGCUGCACCAGGCCUGGGCCUUCUUGCUUUCCACAGUGACCCACCACACCACAUAGCAGUUCCAGCCCCACUCCAGGGAGUGACCACUCACACGGAGGACGUGGGUUGUGCACAUACUCCCACCCACCCUGGUCAGUCUACAUUGGUCACUGCAACGACUGGCCUCCUCUGAUCAUUGAGCCUCCAAAAGGGACCGUCCCCAUCAACUCAGAACUGUUGGUCAUGUGGGGACCCACCUGGUGAUUCUGUCCUUUAGCCCAGACGUGGCCAGGCAAAUCAAGCAUUCCUUGUGUCUUGGCACCAAACACCCAUGUGUGUCUUCUAUGUGAAUAUCAUAAAUGAAUUGAGAAUAUCUGCAAGGGGUGCAGCUCUGCUGUCAUGAAAGAAUGCUAGUUAUCACCCCAGGCUACCCUGUCCACAAACAAGGGGUGCAGAUGCUAGACAGCAGGUCAGGGUCCAGUGCAGUGUCACACACCACAUUUAGUUGUUGUGUCUCCUUGGUCUCCUUUCAUCUGAAACCAUUCUUCAGCCUUUUUUUUUUUCCUUCAUAACUUAGACACUCUUGACACUACUGAAGAGUACAGGCCAGUCGUUUUAUAGACUGUCUCUCAGUUCGGGUUUGUCUGAUGUUUUGCAGUGAUUAGAUUCAGGCAUUGCAGUUUGGGCAGGAACAUUACAUGAAUGCUGUGUCCUCGGUGCACUGUAUCAGGAGGGACAUGUCCCAUUCUUGGUGAUGUAAAUUUGGUUGCUCAAGGUCGUGUCCACCAGGUUUCUCCACUGGGAAGUUACCAUUUCCCCCAUUUUUAAUUAAUCAGUAAUCUGUGGGGAAAUAUUUUGAGGUGUAAAUGUUCCAUUCCUCAUCAACUUUCACCCACUAGCUUUAAAAUCCAAUGAUGAUUUUUACCUGAAAUCGAUGACUUGAAUCAAUUUUUGCUAAGAUGGUUGCAAAUGAUAGUUAAAUAAUUUAAUUCCAUCAUUUCUUCUAUAUUUAUUAAUAAUAGCCCCCUUUGUUUAUUAUCAGUAUGGAUUUGUGGGUUCCUAUUUUAUGCAAUGGGUUAUAAUCCAUUACUGUUAUUAUUUUGAUCCUCAAAUUGUCCCAGCUUUGGCCAGCAGAAGGUCCUUUAAGCUGACUCCUGUGUCUACAUCAUUUUAUGAGCACUUCCUUAUGUUCUCGUAUCACACGAUGUUCCAGGCUCAUCUUGCACAAACCUAGAAUCAGCCAUUUCUCCAAGGAGCCCUGGUCCCCUAGAGCAGGAAACGGUAUUUAGAAUCCAAGAUCUGGGCAGUAGGUAUGCUCUUUGGUACUGGGUGUCAUUGCUUUUCAGUCCCAGUAGCAGAGAGGGCUAGGAAAUAUGUAUAUGUAAAUAAACACAUCUAUCUGUGUCUGUUUCUCCAAUUCCAAUCCAACACCAUAUGGUCUUUCCAUUCUUCCCCAUAUCCAUGAUUUUACUCCCUUCUCCAACUGUCAGAACUUUGGUUCUCAUCAACAUCAGUAUAUUUACUUAUUUGCUCAAUCCCACACAAAAAGCAGUUUCGGAAUUGCUACACCCAAUACCAUUGUGAAAAACAAACUUUCUAAUUAGAGCUCAAGAUUUACUGAAUCAUUCAAGAUUAUCUUUUUGUCUUUAGACUGAGGGUCAAUGGUCAAAGCAACAAUUUGAACACAGGUUCAAAUGUUACUUGGAUUAGUUAUUUAUUUCCCUUCAGUGUGGUUAUACUAUUCAUUUGAAAUGCUGGUAGGUUCAUUUGCUUCUAUUUAUAUUCACUUUUAGGGUUUUUCUCAUCUUUGUUGAUUUAUUUUUUUCAACAUGUAGAGCAUUAACAUGGUCCUCAAAAGUCCAGUCUAUCCAAAUCUAUGCUCAGAAGAGUGUCCUCCUAGCCCUCUCACUCCAUGCCCACCCACCUGCUAUAGUUUCUGGUUUAUCCUUCCUGCAUUUCUUUGGAAAAAAAAACAAAAAACAAAAACAGACGAACUACAAAGUGUUUUGUGUGUGUGGUUUUUUUUUUUUGGCCGCGCGGCAUGCAGGAUCUUCCCCAGCCAGGGAUCAAACCCGCACCCCCUGCAGUGGAAGCAUGUAGUCUUAACCACUGGACCGCCAGGGAGGUCGCAAAGUGUUUUUUUUGUUUUUAAUAAAUUUAUUUAUUUUAUUUAUUUAUUUUUGGCUACAUUGGGUCUUCAUUGCUGCACGCGGGCUUUCUUUAGUUGCGGUGAGCGGGGGCUACUUUUCGUUGUGGUGAGUGGGCUUCUCAUUGCGGUGGCUUCUCUUGUUGUGGACCACGGGCUCUAGGCGCACGGGCUUCGGUAGUUGUGGCACACAGGCUCAGUAGUUGUGGUGUGCGGACUCAGUAGUUGUGGCACAUGGGCUUAGUUGCUUCACGGCAUGUGGGAUCUUCCUGGACCAGGGCUUGAACCCAUAUCCCCUGCAAUGGCAGGCGGAUUCUCAACCACUGCACCACCAGAGAAGCCCUUGUUUUGUUUUUAUUUUUUAAUUAAUUUAUUUUUGGCUGCAUUGGGUCUUUGUUGCUGCACGCGGGCUUUCUCUAGUUGCAGCGAGUGGGGGCUACUCUUCGUUGCAGCAUGCGUGCCCCUCACUGUGGUGGCUUCUCGUUGCGAAGCAUGGGCUCUAGGCGCGCGGGCUUCAGUAGUUGUGGCGUGCGGGGUCAGUAGUUAUUUGUUGUGGCUCAUGGGCUCUAGAGCGCAGGCUCAGUAUUUGUGGGCGCAUGGGCUUAGUUGCUUCACGGCAUGUGGGAUCUUCCCAGACCAGGGCUCAAACCCGUGUCCCCUGCAUUGGCAGGCAGAUUCCUAACCACUGCACCACCAGGGAAGUCCCUCCCAAAGUGUUUUAAUUGCUAAUUUAGUUGAAUGAUUUUGCAGGGAACAUGCACUCUCCAACCCACCAUAGUCCCCAUCCCUCCCUAUUGCCUUCUCCAGUCCCCUGUUCUCAUUUGCUUUCCCACCUGGCCCUGCUGAGCCCUCCCCAGACCUUGGUGGCUUGGAGGCUGCCCCAGGCCUGCAGGCCUAACUGGGCAGUGAGAAAGCCAAUGUUCUCUCCUUCUUCUGAACCAAGACCUCAAGAAUCCAGCUUCACCUCCUGGAGGCAAAUGCCCACAUUCAAGUUGUGGUCAAGUACAGGAAGUGGUGCCUGUGUGGACAGAGCUUAGGAAGCAGGCGACCUGGUUUCCAGGUAUAACUUGGCUGUGUAAUCCAGAACACAUUCCUUCCCUCUCUGAACACCAGUUUUCUCAUCUGAAUAAUAGAGAAUUGGACCGGGGCCCUUCGAAUUCCAGCAACAGGUGACUCAAAUCCAGAGGUUCAUGCCCUGUUGUCUGCCACCCAGAUCUUUGCUGAUGCGGACUGCGUGCCUAUGAGGGGUUCUAGGGGCACAGGAACAAGCAAGACACAGACAAGGUCCCUGCUCUCAAGGGGCUUGCAUUCUAAUAAAACAGGAUCUAAACAAGUAUGUGCAUAGAUAUGAAAUACAAUAUCAGGUAGGAAAAGUACCAGGAAGAAAAAUAAAGCAGGGUUAAAGGAGUAGUGAUGGGAAAGUGGAACAGUUUUAGAAAAGAUGGUCAUUGAAGGCAGAGACCUGAAUUAGGUGAGGAAGCAAGCCAUGGAGAGAUCUGGGGCAAGGGUGUUCUGACAGAGGAAACAGCACAUGCAAAGAUCCUGAGGUGGAAACCAGUUUGACAUGUGGGAGGACAAGCAUGAAGACUGUACGGCUGGAAGUAUGGGAGGCAAGGAGGAGGCAGGUGAGGUCAGAGAGGUGGGGAGAAGGCCAUCUCAGCAAAGAGGAGGUGAGAUUCUAUUUUGAUGAUGGGAAGUUCUUGGAAGGAUGAGUGCAGGAUCAUGACCUGAUCUCAUUUGUCUUUAGAGGGAUCCACUUCAGCCAGCUGUGUAGAGAGUGGAUCUAUGGUGUCAGUCAAGAUCCAAUCAACAAAAGAGAAAUCACUCUAUGUAUUCCAGACAAGAGGAAUUUGAUACAGGGAAGGAAUUGAACUACCAAAGGGGCUGCACAGGGUGAAGCCUGAGCGCUCGAAUGGCCAACGCCACAGGGCUGAACGCACCAGAAGUCGCAGCCUCGAUGGGGUUGAUCCUGGCGGCUGUCGUGGAGGCGGCAGCACUGCUGGGCAACGGCGCACUGCUGGUUGUGGUGCUGCGCACGCCGGGACUACGCGACGCGCUCUACCUCGUGCACCUGUGCGUAGUGGACCUGCUGGCUGCCGGCUCCAUCAUGCCGCUGGGCCUGCUGGCCGCUCCGCCGCCGGGGCUGGGCCGCGUGCGCCUGGGCCCCGCGCCCUGCCGCGCGGCACGCUUCCUCUCGGCGACGCUGCUGCCCGCCUGUACGCUCGGCGUGGCGGCGCUCGGCCUGGCGCGCUACCGCCUCAUAGUGCACCCGCUGCGGCCCGGCGCGCGGCCUCCGCCCACCCUAGUGCUCACCGCCGUGUGGGCGGCGGCGGGGCUGCUGGGCGCGCUCUCCUUGCUCGGGCCGCCGCCCGCACCGCCCCCUGCCCCGGCUCGCUGCUCUGUCCUGGCAGGGGGCCUCGAGCCCUUCCGGCCGCUCUGGGCGCUGCUGGCCUUCGCGCUGCCCGCCCUCCUGCUGCUCGGAGCGUACGGCGGCAUCUUCCUCGUGGCGCGCCGCGCUGCCCUGCGGCCCCCGCGGCCCGCGCGCGGCUCCCGGCCGCGCUCCGACUCUCUGGACAGCCGCCUCUCCAUUUUGCCGCCCCUUCGGCCUCGCCCGCCCUGGGGCAAAGCAGCCCUGGCCCCGGCGCUGGCCGUGGGCCAGUUCGCAGCCUGCUGGCUGCCUUACGGCUGUGCGUGCUUAGCGCCCGCUGCCCAGGCCGCCGCGGCCGAGGCGGCCGUCACCUGGGUAGCCUACUCGGCCUUCGCGGCUCACCCCUUCCUGUACGGCCUGCUGCAGCGCCCUGUACGCCGGACGCUGGGCCGUCUCGCCCGACGAGCGCUACCCCGGCCCCCGCGGGCCUGCACUUCGCGGGCCUGGCACCCGCGGGCCCUCCUGCAGCACCUCCAUAGACCUCCAGAGGGCCCUGUCCUAGGCCCUUCUGAGGCACCAGAACAAGCCCGGGAUUUGGCAGGAAGGGAGAGCCUGAGCAUGCCAGAGGCCACGUGAGAGAUGUCUCCCAAGGUGAGCCGGGACUGGAGAAAGCAGGGUGGUAUCACAAAGGGCCCAUCCAGCCUCCAGCACAGCUUAUGGCAGGUAGCCUGCCUGCACUUCUGGCUCUGGAAUGGGAGAAAGGGGACCUGCAGCCAAGUGAAGCCCAGAGGCUUCUGGGAGCUAGGAAUCCUGAGUUCUGGGCCCAACUCUGCAUGGCCUUGUACACAGACCUACCCUUCACUAGGUAUCAGUUUUUCCAUCUGUACCCUGGACCAUCUCUAAGGGCUUCUCCAGCUUGGGUGAUCUGGACACUCAUGGGUGAUCCCCAGGCCAAGGAAGAAGCAGGGGUGGGCAGGAUCACAGAAGGCCCUAAUGGCUCACAGCCAAAGGGAAUGGGCCAAGUAGGGCAGGGUCUGGGUUACAGCCACAGCAGGAGGAACCAGUGAAGGGACAUUCAGAAAGACCUCCUGCACAUCUGCACCAAGGAGAGGCUGGACAAAACUACUGGAACUCCUCCAUCAGCUUCUAAAAAUGCCCAGAAAACAACUGGAUCGCUUUGGUGCCAGAGGCAGGAGGCUGGACAACAUGACCCCCCAAAGAGCCCUGAAGCCCCAGAACUGGCAUGUGGAAGGGGCCGAGGCCCAGCUGGGGCUGAUGGAGUCACAGAUGGGGGUCCUCUGGGGUCUCAGCUACACCCGUUUUCUGGAGGUUUUGCCAAUACCCACAGUGUUUCACAGCUUCCUGGUCUCUCAGAAUAUUUAUUCAAAAACAGGAAUUGAAAAAACUGUA